CACCGCUCCGCUCAAGUGUCCCUGCCGCUUCCACAGCGCCAUCGCCUGACGCCAACGCUGCUGCAGCUGCCACCGCCUGGGCUCCAAGCCACCUGCUGCCUGCUGCCAGAGGUACCAUGGGCUUCUGGAAGUUCUCCCCAUUCCUGGCUAUUGGCAUCCUGGUCCUGUACCAAGUGGGCAUCCUCCAGGCAGCACCAUUCAGGUCUGCCUUGGAGAACCCACUGGAACCUGCUACACUCACUGAGGAUGAAAUAUGCCUCCUACUGACUGCAGUGCUGAAGGACUAUGUGCAAAUGAAGGCCCGUGAGCUGCAGCAGGAGCAGGAGACUGAGGGUUCCAGCCUGGACAGCUUCCGAGCUAAGCGGUGCAGUAAUCUGAGUACCUGUGUGCUGGGCACAUACACACAGGACCUCAACAAGUUUCACACGUUCCCUCAGACUGCAAUUGGGGUCGGAGCCCCUGGCAAGAAAAGGGUCAUGGCCAGCAGCUUGGAGAGAGACCACGGCCCUCACAUUGGCAUGACCCGGGAUGCCUACCAAUCCCCUCCCUCAGCUUUUUAAUUUCCUUUCUUCCUUCCUUCCUAUAUUGUGGUACGUGUGGUCCUCUCUGGUUGCUGGUAUCAGUGGUUUUCUUUGUGGCAGUGGAUUUCUGGAACCUCAGAUGGGAGGAGAGCAAGAUGUUUAGGCCAGAUGAGAACCCCCGAGGAAGAGAUGGGGGCGCAGCCCUGUGACUCCCCUGAGGAAUCGUAGCCCAGAUUCUCAGUCCUGCUUGUGAAUGUGUUUGUCAUUGGGGAAUAAAAGUAUAUUUGUAAGAA